AUGGUUUAUACCCUAUCUGGGAUGCGGUUGCCUACUUCGCUAUCGGUGAAUAAGUUGGGUGGCACGGGAUCCAGCUCUCGUGCUGAUCGAAGGAAUGCCCAUCUCUCGUUUUUUUCAAAGAAUCAGCAUUCAUGGAAGAUGUUUGCUGGAAAGUCUUCUUAUGAAUCUGGAUCUCAAUCUUCUACAGCAACUGCAUCGGAGAAGGUCCUUAUUCCUGGCACCCAGAGUGAUGGGUCCUCAUCGGAGGAGUUGAACGUUUCUGAGAUAGUUUUGGAAGAUCCCCAGAUAUCAGGUGACGUACAAAGUUUAAAAGUGGAACAUGAAGGCAAACUUGAAGAUCAAGAAAAUUUUGUUGAGCAGAGUAGCAGUUUUAGUGAAACCAUCAGAGAGGAAGAUUCUGCAUCUUCACCACUAAUAGGAGACGUUGAAGCAAAAGCUGAAGGAACUUCAGACACAUCAUAUAUGUCUAUAAGUACCGAAUCAGAUAGGGUCAGAAAGAGGGUCAUCACUCCACCUGGAAUUGGUCAAAGGAUAUAUGAGAUAGAUCCACUUUUGGCCAAUCACCGUGAUCAUCUUGAUUACAGGUAUGGACACUAUAAGAAAAUGCGUGAAGCAAUUGACAAGUACGAGGGCGGGUUAGAAAUGUUUUCUCGUGGUUACGAGAAAUUUGGUUUUACUUCCAGUGCGACUGGUAUAACUUACAGGGAAUGGGCACCUGGUGCCAAGUGGGCGACACUUAUUGGAGAUUUCAACAACUGGAAUCCUAAUGCUGAUGUCAUGACUCGUAAUGAAUUUGGAGUCUGGGAGAUCUUUUUGCCGAACAAUGCAGAUGGUUCUCCUCCUAUCCCCCAUGGUUCCCGUGUGAAGAUUCGCAUGGAGACUCCAUCUGGCAUUAAAGAUUCUAUUCCAGCUUGGAUCAAAUUCUCCGUACAGGCUCCUGGAGAAAUUCCAUACAAUGGAAUAUAUUAUGAUCCUCCAGAAGAGGAGAAGUAUGUUUUCAAACAUCCUCGGCCUGAGAAACCAAAAUCACUCAGGAUAUACGAGUCUCACGUUGGAAUGAGUAGCAAGGAGCCUAUUAUCAAUACAUAUGCCAAUUUUAGGGACGAAGUGCUUCCUCGUAUCAAAAAGCUAGGUUAUAAUGCUGUUCAGAUAAUGGCAAUUCAAGAGCAUUCAUAUUAUGCCAGCUUUGGUUACCAUGUGACAAAUUUCUUUGCGCCAAGCAGCCGUUUUGGGACUCCUGACGAUCUUAAGUCUUUGAUAGACAGAGCUCAUGAGUUGGAUCUGGUUGUUCUCAUGGAUAUUGUGCACAGCCAUGCAUCAAAUAAUACUUUGGAUGGGCUGAACAUGUUUGAUGGCACCGAUAGCUGUUACUUUCACUCUGGAUCCCAGGGUUAUCACUGGAUGUGGGACUCUCGACUUUUUAAUUAUGGACACUGGGAGGUAUUAAGGUUUCUGCUCUCUAACGCAAGAUGGUGGUUGGAUGAGUACAAGUUCGAUGGUUUCAGAUUUGAUGGUGUGACGUCAAUGAUGUAUACUCACCAUGGCUUGCAGGUUGCAUUUACUGGAAACUACAAUGAGUACUUUGGAUUUGCAACGGAUGUUGAUGCUGUAGUUUAUUUGAUGCUGGUCAACGACCUCAUUCACGGGCUCUUCCCUGAAGCUAUAAUCAUUGGUGAAGAUGUCAGUGGCAUGCCAACUUUCUGUAUUCCUGUUCAAGAUGGUGGUGUUGGAUUUGACUAUCGUCUUCAUAUGGCAAUUGCUGAUAAAUGGAUUGAGAUACUCAAGAAAAGGGAUGAAGAUUGGAAAAUGGGAGAUAUUGUGCACACACUUACUAAUAGAAGGUGGUCAGAAAAAUGUGUUGCUUAUGCAGAAAGUCAUGACCAAGCACUAGUUGGCGAUAAAACUAUUGCAUUCUGGCUAAUGGAUAAGGAUAUGUAUGAUUUCAUGGCUGUAGAUAGACCGUCUACUCCCUUGAUAGAUCGUGGAAUAGCAUUACACAAAAUGAUAAGGCUUAUCACAAUGGGAUUAGGAGGAGAAGGGUACCUAAAUUUCAUGGGAAAUGAAUUUGGACAUCCUGAAUGGAUAGAUUUUCCUAGAGCUGAUCAACAUCUUCCUGAUGGAAAAUUUGUUCCUGGAAACGGUAACAGUUUUGACAAGUGCAGGCGUAGAUUUGAUCUGGGUGAUGCAGAUUUCUUGAGAUAUCGUGGAAUGCAAGAAUUUGAUCGGGAGAUGCAGCAUCUUGAAGAAAAAUAUGGUUUUAUGACGUCGGAGCAUCAGUACAUAUCACGUAAGGAUGAAGGAGAUAGGAUAAUUGUGUUCGAAAGGGGGAACUUGGUUUUUGUCUUCAAUUUUCAUUGGACAAACAGUUAUUCUGACUAUCGGGUAGGCUGCCUACAGCCAGGAAAAUAUAAGGUAGCGUUGGACUCGGAUGAUCCAUUAUUUGGAGGCUUCAGUAGAAUUAGUCAUGAUGCAGAGUAUUUUACCUCAGAUGGGUGGUAUGAUAAGCGGCCUCGAUCUUUUAUGAUCUAUGCACCUUCUAGAACUGCAGUGGUCUAUGCCUUAGUUGAAGAUGAAGUGGUUCCUGUUGAAUGA